AUGGCAAUUGAAGAUUUGUUAAACCUUGAGAAAGAAAAUAUAGAAAUACAUCAACAAUUUAAUGAUGAUAACUUUAUUCAAGCUGCUACAGAAAUAGACCAUGUAGAAAAUGAAAUCAUUAUACAACCCUUAACCAGAAAGGAACAGUUGAAUAUUCUGCAUAGUGCUCUGCAAAUUGUUGAUAAAAGAAUUAAUAAUAAUGGA